AUGCUUUUCCUUCACACGGGGCCGCCCCCCCCCCACGCCGGCGCGAUGUCGGACGGCUACGCGGAAAUCGCGCGUCUGAACGCCCUCGCGAAGAAUCAGACGUGCGCGGACUGCGCGACGAGAAACCCGCAGUGGGCGAGCGUGAACCACGGCGCGUUCCUGUGCAUGAACUGCAGCGGCGUGCAUCGCGGCCUCGGCGUGCACGUCUCGUUCGUGCGAUCGACGACGAUGGACACGUGGUCCUCCGCGCAGUUGAGGCUCAUGGAGGUGGGCGGGAACGAGCGGCUGGUGAAGUUCUUCGACAAGUACGGCGUCGGGAAGGGCACGCGCGCGGACGUCAAGUACAACAGCGACGUCGCGAGGGCGUAUCGCGACAAGCUC